AACCCGGGGAAGCCACCAUGAGUUAUGACAGGAGUGGACCUCCGGAUAUCGAGGGCAUGACCAGCCUGAAGGUGGACAAUCUCACGUACCGGAUCCCGGAGACCCUCAAGCGGGUCUUCGAGAAGUAUGGCGAGGUGGGAGACGUCUACAUCCCCCGAGACCGCUUCACGCGGGAGAGCCGGGGAUUCGCCUUCGUCCGCUUCUACGACAAGCGCGAUGCGGAGGAUGCCAUCGACGCCAUGGACGGAGCCAUCCUGGACGGCAGGGAGCUGCGGGUACAGAUGGCCCGGUAUUCCCGCCCGCCGGACUCCUUCCGCCGUGGGGGGGCACCAAACCGCAGAGCCAGUCGCUACAGGCGGAGCAGGAGCCCCAGGAGGAGACGGCGCUCCCGCUCCCGGUCCCGCUCCGGCUCCCGCUCCCGCUCCCGAUCCCGCUCCCGCUCCCGCUCCCGCUCCAAGCCCGGAGCCCGGAGCAAGGGCCAGUCCCGGGCGCGCCCCUCCCGCUCCCGGUCCCUCUCCCCUCCGCCCCGAUCCCGCUCCCGAUCCCGCUCCCGAUCCCCGGUCCGUCCUGCCUCUGGCUCCCGGUCGCGGUCACCCUCCCCUCCCCCGGCUAAGCAGGCUACCCCCGAGCCCCAGGGAUCCCCCGCCAGGGGCCGGUCCCGCUCUCCCGAGAGACCGGCCGCGAUCCCCGCCUCCCCGGAGAGGGAGCGCUCUCCAUCUCCCGCCCCGGAAAAGUCCCGCUCCGUCACUCCGGAAAGGAACGCCGAGCCGCGAUCCGGAUCGACGUCGCCGGAUCCGGCCCCUCCGGAUGCAGAGUGAUGGAGGGCUCCUGAUCGUCUGAGACCGCCAGGUCUCCGCCUGGCCAAGGAGGUUCUCGCCAGCAGCCUCGUGGGACCGAGCGGUGGACGUGUCGCCGCGGGAGUCCGUCUCCCGAUGACCGUGGGUGCGGCGGGGGCUGAGAGUAGGGAGGUGCAGCCGACCACGGUUCUGCCCGCCGCAGUCUCUGUCGUUCUGCUUUCAUUUUGUUUAUAUAAAAAUUCACAAAACUA